GCACGGCAUUAGAGACGUUCUGUAAUCGGUUAUUAGAGCAGUCAAUCCGCGUUCAAGCGUUCCACGGGGCAUAUAAAGACCUCGGAGACCUUAAACGUUGAGCGAGCGAGCUACAGCGAAGCGGCCAAGAAACUUGGUUACUUAUUUGAGCUGGGAGCGGUUUGAGAGGGAACGAGCUCUCCGACAUACACACUCACCCACAGACUGACUGCGAGAUUUUGCCACUCUCUACGCUUUCAUCGAAUUAUCUUUUUCGUCCAAGGGAAAAUAAGUCGGGAGAGAGGGAGGCUGGGUCUACUUUGUUGAGGAGGAGGCGGAGAAAUCGACCACUGGAUAGUGUUGUCUAUUUGUGAGCACUGACUCUCAAUCCAUCCAUGCCAGCUCACACACCGGCUGUGGUCCUGUCGGGAGGAAGAUGAUAGAAAUGUCGGUUGACAAAGAGACUGUUUUACCGCGGGGCGGUCACCCGGAGCCCCGGGGACCCGCGGAAUGUGCCGGAAAGUGCCGCGGCAGCGAAGCCGGGGGGGCGGAGGUGGACAGCCCCGCGCCCCCCCCAGCGGCUCCGUCCUGCGCGGGGGGGGCCUCGUUGGCGGGAAGCGUGGUUCUGGCAGAGCGCCCGGCCCAAGCCGAGCAGGGAGCCGGCGCGGGGCAGGGGGGCGGGACCGGGGGCGACCCCGCCCAGCCCAGAGACACGACGCAGGUGGGCCCGCUGCGGCAGAACAAGCGGCGGCACACGGCGGGGUGCGGCUUCAAGCCCCCGGGCCCCGGGAAGCGGCGGCGGCGGGCCCACUCGGAGAGCGACCCGGUGCUGCCCAGCAACUUCCUGCUGGGCGGGAACAUCUUCGACCCGCUCAACCUCAACAGCCUGCUGGACGAGGAGGUGAACCGCGCCAUCAACGCCGAGACGCCCGAGUCCUCGCCGCUGCCCGCCAAGAGCCGCGACCCCGUGGAGAUCCUGGUGCCGCGAGACAUCACCGACCCACUCAACCUCAACAGCGACGGCGAGGUGCUGCUGUCGCCACACCGCAGCGGCGGGAGGAGGCGGCACCGGAACCGCCAUCACCCCGGCGCGGGGGGAGGGGCGGGGGCGGGGCGGGGGGGGGGAGGGGCGGCCGCCGCUGCACAGCUCCACCCGGCCGUGUUGGAGGGUGGGCGGAGCAUCCCGGCCCAGCCGUCGUUGCCGUUGCCGCCGUCGUUGCCGGGCGUGGUCCCCGACGCCCCCAGGGAGGGGGCUGCGUCACCCGUCCCGCGGUCCCUGCCUCAAAACGAGCUGGGCACCUCUGCCAAGGCUCAGGCCCCGCCCAUCACUCCCUGCAGCUCCGCCCCUUUCCCUCAGACUCUCACUGCCUCAGGCCCCGCCCCUGCCACGCCCACUGUAACCCAGCAACGCAAACGCAGGUGUGACCCCUCCGGUGCUCUGCCCGGCACCCCGUAUAAAAAGGGGCGGGGCCCUGGGGCCGGGCCGGGGGGCAGGGCCUCGGGGCAGCCACACCCCCAGGGCCAGCGGCGUCCCGCCCACCAGCAGAAGAAGUUCCAGUACGGCAAUUACAACAAGUACUACGGCUACCGGAACCCGGGGUGCAGCGAGGACCCGCGGAUCCGCGUCAUGGAGCCCGAGUGGUUCCGCGGGAAGCGCGUGCUGGACCUGGGCUGCAACACGGGUCACCUGACCCUGUUCAUCGCCCGAAACUGGCGCCCCGCCCGCAUCGUGGGGCUGGACAUCGACGGCGGCCUGGUGCACGCCGCGCGGCAGAACGUGCGCCACUACCUGUCCGACCUGCAGGCCCAGGAGGCCCGCCGCGGCCCGGGGGGCGGGGCCAGGGGGCGGGACCAGGGCGAGGGGGAGGAGCCAGCCACGCGGGAGGAGGAAGGCCUGCGGAAAGAUGGGGAUGCUGAGGGGAGACUGGAGGCGGAGUCAUGUGAAGAGGGAGGAGCUAAGGAGAGGGGGCGGGGUCAGGAGGAGGGCGUGGCCAUGGAGCUGCAGGGUGGGGGCAGCCCUUUGCGGUCAGUUGAAUGUGGGGGCACAAAUGGAGGCGGGGCGGAGAGUGAGGCCGACCCCACGGCGCCUCCUGCUGGUCCAGCGGAGCAUGACGCCCAGUUCCCUGUGUCUCUGCGGAUCUCCAGGGGUCCAAUCGCUGCACCCCCCCUCCCCGACACGUCCCCCACCCCACCCGGGGACUUCCCCGCCAACGUCUCAUUUGUUAGGGGUAACUACGUGCUGGAGUCGGACGCCCUGUUGCACGCCCAGCGGGCGGAGUAUGAUGUCAUCCUGUGCCUGAGCAUCAGUAAGUGGGUGCACCUGAACUGGGGCGACUCCGGCCUGCAGCGCCUCUUCAGGAGGGUCUACAGCCACCUGCACCCGGGCGGAGUCUUCAUCCUCGAACCCCAGCCCUGGGGCUCCUACGGCCGCAGGAGGAAGCUCACAGACACCAUCUAUAAGAACUACCACAGCAUUCGGCUCAAACCGGAUCAGUUCUGCUCCUAUCUCACCUCUGAGGUGGGGUUCACCGGCUACGAGCUCCUGGGCACCCCGAAAAGCACGUCCCGCGGAUUCGAGAGACCAAUUUACAAGUUUUACAAAGGACCGUCCUGUCCCAGGAAGUGACUCUGAGCCUUGGCAGUGCCCGACCCCCAUACUCCCCACCUGCCUGGGAUUUUGGGAAACUCAUUUGUUGCCUUGGAAACGUGAACACUGUCUGAUCAUUACAACACGUAGAGACACGGGGUGGGAAAGACAUGUGAUUCUUCACCUGAUGAACCACCGACUGGACUCGUAUGAUGCACCAGCACAGCAACCUCACACACAGACACACUUACAGGAACUCUCUCACACACACACACAUACACACACACACAGUUUUUUUUUUUCUGAAAACGGUAUCUUAUGAAAUGUCGGCAGCAGUGGACAGGCUUGUGUUGAAUGUGAUUGAUGUUGUUGUUUGCUGGGUGAAGUUGGGAGGGGGGCGGGGCUCAGUGUCUAGCCAGGCGAGAGGCCCCAAACACCACCCCCCCCGCCCCCCCACAGGAUACAGAGUGUGGGACACACCUGUGCCCCCAGGCCUUACCUGGGGGGUACUCCUCUCCGUUUCACUUCCAUAAAAGGGAAGGGUGCUGUUCCUUCUCUUCUUCACAUCCACUGCGUGUGCUCAUCUGUGAUUGGCCCCUGAAUGUGUCACCUGAUGUAUGUCAGCCAAUCAGAGGAGAUUGUGUAUUGAUGCACUAGCAAAUGCCACAGACCCACCUUUAACCAGGAAGUGUGUUUAUGGGGUGUGAAGAGCCAGUUAUGGGGUGUGUGUCAGGAGGUUGUGUGUCCGGCUGAUUCUCGUCUUCCUGCAGUUCUCUGGUUGUUCAUUUUGGCUGCAAAAAUGUAUGAAUAACAUGUUCUGUUUUUUAAAUUUUUUUCAUUAGAGUGUGGGUUGGUAGGGGGAGAUAUGUUUUGCAAACCCCUUGAAUAUUUUUUUCUUGAACUGCAUAAAAAUGUAUUUGGUUGUGUGUGCCAAGUGAGAGUGAGGUCACUUGCUCAUUAUAGCCCUUUCCCAAUCUAGAACAGGAACCAGGCUGGCUCAUUAUACCCCUUUCCCAAUCUAGAGCAGGAACCAGGCUGUCUCAUUAUAGCCCUUUCCCACUGUAGAGCUGGAACCAGGCUGGCUCAUUAUAGCCCUUUCCCACUGUAGAGCUGGAACCAGGCUGGCUCAUUAUAGCCCUUUCCCACUGUAGAGAUUCCCUCGUCAGUGACAAUCGUAUGUGUUUGUAAGGGUUGCUAAGGCAACCUUUUAAAAAGGUCAGGAAGAGUGGAGGUGCUUCAGGAGCGGUUGAGACUGCUGUUGGGGGGUCACACAGCUGAGUGUGGGGGUCAAAGGUCGCCCAGGUGUGUUCAGUCGGGGGGUGAUGGGCGGGCCGUUUCACCUGUCGGACUCUGACACUGAAGCCGCACUUCCCCCGAUGAGAUCACCCGGCAUCGCUGUCCCCUCCCACAGUUGGCUGCUUGUGGGUGUGUUUUCCAUUUUUAAAACCGCGUUCCUUAAAUGUAUAUUGAUCGUACAUUUUGGAAAUCCCCCACACAGCAAUAAUGAAGUCCUUAAGUCCUCCUUAACAGACCUGUGUGGAGUGGGAUAAUACAAAUUGAAACCGGAGACAGUUUACAUGUCGGAUCUUUAAUCUGAUUGGAUAUCGUGUUUCUUGGCCCUCUGCCGUCGCCAGCUAUCCCAGCAUGCCUUGCGGGCGGGAAAAGUCAGCUCCCAUCGAAAUAAAUGGAGCAUUGAAAUGAAGUCGCUUCAGCUUGAAUGGACCUCUCUCUCGAGCCGUAAUGGGGGUGGGUGUGUGCUCAGCUUCCUCUCUCUGCUGGAGAACUGCACCCACAGGAGGAAACCGCUAUAAUUGCAGCACGUCUGGGGAAGACGUGGUUCAGCUGGGUAUGAUGGCGUGAAGGAGAGUCUCCGUUUUGUUUUAACGAGGUAAAAGCUGAACUUUCUAGGUGCACACAAACAUGUUUUCAGAGUUUAAAUGUUUUAAACCCAUGUUGAGAAAUAUGAUGAUAAUAUUAAUAAUAAACAGUUGUUGCUAACUGGUUCUCUGCACUGA